AUGGGUAAUUUAAGUUCUUCCUUGGACGAACAUCCAACUCUGUACAUAAGGAAUUCCAAUCGAUUUCAUAUUACAGAAAUCGUGGUAUCAAAUUCUGCCCAUGACCCAUACAUAACGUUUCCAAUCGAAUCAAAUGGUAUUACCGCCACCUCAAACACCACAGAUCUUUUGGAAUUUAUUCAGGACCCUAACGCUCAAUCAAUCAUUCCAAAUAAAUUUCUACUUAAACUGAUAAAAGACAAAAAACUAGAAUUAAAAUUUAAAUUCAAUAUUGGUGAAACUGAUGGAAAUAAAGCUGAUGUGAAAGGUCUCACGUUUAUCAAUGUUGCCAGUGAAAGAGAGUUGGCAAGAAUAUUAACGGUCGAGUUCAAUGAUGAUCCUAAUCUCCAUAAACAUCCAAACGUUACACUUGUUGGAAAUUACGAGUCAGAUGGAAUAAAAACAUCCGAAAAUGAAUGGACAUGGAAAUGGUCUCCUCCACACAAUAUGGAUGAGGUUCAUCGGGGUUGGAGAAACCAUUGUUGUUUUGCCGAAUAUGAUGCAAAAGAUAAUACAUUUACUUUGUUGGCAUCUUUCACAUUUUGGGUCGCAGAUACACCGCGAAAUCACUAUCAUCGAGCUUCAAGAAGUUCGGGAUCGGUUGAUGGUGUAACAUUUUUUCCGAUAGCGUCAUCUCUGUUGCCACCAUCUCAAAAUAAUACACUAUGGUCUCUCGGUCUUCCACGUAGUAUUCGUCCUUCAAGUCCAGAUAAUGUAUAUCUUCCAGUACCGGGUCUGUCUUCACACACUUCAGGAACGGCAUCAUCCGUGUCCAGUGGAGGUCGUCGAUCUUCAGAUGACUUAAUGUUUCAGCAUGAACCUGAAGACGGUCCUUUAUUUCGUGCAACUUUGACUUCAUUCGAAAAGAAAACAGGUUCAUUAAAACAUCAUAUUAAACGCAUUUUAAAGACAGCAACUGCUUCUCACGACGUUCUUAUGGAAUGUCAUGAAACUGAGGAAGAGUUUUUAUCGACUAUAAAAGCUGCAUCUGUUGCACAUCCUCAAGCAUUUCAACCUAUUUUAGAUAAUUAUUUUGAAGACGCAUCAAAAAAGGUUGCAGCUUUUAGAGAAAGUCUUGCGAAUCAGAUGUCUGUACUUUUAAUAGAACCUCUCCGUAAGCUAUAUGAGAAUGACAUUAAAGUCGCUGAAAGCAAAAAAAAAGAUUUUGAGGAAGAAUCUCGUGAUUAUUACCAGUUUCUUUCUAAGUAUUUGUCUUUAACAAAAGAAAAGAAAAAGUUAGAAUCAGAUACUAAAUAUCAAAGCAAGCGGAAGAAUUUUGAGUUGAAAAGAUUCGAUUAUUAUGCGUACAUGCAAGACUUACAUGGAGGACGUAAAGAUCAAGAAAUUCUUUAUCAUUUAACGAAUUUUGCUGAAAAACAGUUUGCAUUCUUUCAACAGUCUGCUGGUGGUAUACUGAGUUUAAAGCCAGGAUUGGAUAAAUUGGCUGUAGAUGUUGCUGAGGCAACAAAAGAGAUACAUUUAAUGAGAAAAGAAAGAGAAGAGAGACGUAGGGCGCUCGAAACCCGUGCUACGACAGUAAAUCCAUUUACUAGUGAGAGUUUUAAUGAGGUAGAUUCAAAUGGUGGCAAUGGAAGCAAUACAAGUGACAAUAUGAGUGAUGUUGCGGAAAACCAAACUGCUAGCCCAGUUGGUUCUCCUAACGUGUCUCAAAAUCGGUUCAAAGGAAUUCGUGAUUUAGAACAGCAUGACUCCGAAACUGCAUCAGUCGCGGGUAGAAAGAAGGAGGGAUUUUUGUUUGCUACAUCACGAGCAACUCAGCAUGGAACUGUUGACUCUAUCUCAAAGACAAGCUGGCAUAAGUACUGGUGCGUUUUGGCAGGUGGUCAACUUUGUGAAUAUAGUAAUUGGAAGAAACAAUUAGAAGCGCAUAAUGAUCCGAUAAAUUUACGUUUUGCAGCAGUAAGGGAGGCAAGAGGAAUUGAACGACGAUUUUGUUUUGAGAUUAUUACACCUCAAUAUAGACGCAUAUAUCAGGCAACUUCAGCCGAAGAUAUGUCUUCUUGGAUAAAUGUUAUUUCUAAUGCAAUUGAAAGUCUUCUUAAUGGUACAAGUAGUUGUCGCAAUUUGGAUCAAGUUAUGGCUCAAGAUUCAAAUGGUGCCGGAGCUGGGGAGUUAUUUAAGAAACCAAUACAAAGAAGAGGAACGUUACCCAGCUUGACAGAUAAACGAAAAGUUGAUAUGAAAAAGGGCCUUGUGUCAUCUGGUUCCGAAGAGAUUACAUCGAACAAUCAAUCGGAUUGCCAACAAGAAAUUAACGAAAGCGAAAAAUCCGCUCGAGUUCUUGAAAGUAUUAAAGGCGCAGAUCCAUCUAAUGCAAGUUGUGCAGAUUGUGGUGCUCGUAAAACAGAAUGGUGUUCUAUUAAUUUGGGAAUUGUAUUAUGUAUAGAGUGCUCAGGAAUUCACCGUAGUUUGGGUACACAUAUAUCUAAAAUAAGAUCACUUACCUUAGAUACAACUUCAUAUACGCCUGACCUCGUUAAUUUAAUUAAAUCUAUUGGCAAUGCUCGAUCUAAUGCAAUUUGGGAAGCAACACUUGAGCAGCGGCAAAUACAGCAGAAAAUCGGUACACUAUCAGUGCCACUAAAAUUUGAGGCACCUUCUGUAUCACUGAAAAAUGAUGAUUCUUUCACUGAUGCAGAUUGGGAAGAUCUGAUUAAUUUGAUUUCACCAUCUAAUCAUGGUAUAACAAAGCCAAAUAGUACCGAUUCGCGUGACAUAAAGAAAAAAUUUAUUACCGCUAAAUAUGUUGAUAGGGUCUUCGUUGAUCUUUCACUUACUGAUGAGGAUAAAACUGCUACGGAUAUUCUUUUUGAAGCAGUAAAGACUAAUGAUAUACCUUUGGCGAUGCAAGCUAUCGCAUUAAAGGCUGAUGUAAAUUCAGCUCGUAGGUUUGAAGUGGCGGAUGAUCAUGGAUUGAAAACUCCAUUGUUAUUAGCAUUGCUCCAUAUUGAUUCUACAUUGGUGACCAAUGAAGGAGGAAAGAUAUUAUUUCCAAUGGCAGAAUUAUUAUUACAAAAUGGAGCAUACAUUGAAAAGGUCUUAUUUGACAAUUUAGAUGAUAUGCUUGGUGCAGCAUCAACGCCAAUAACUCGAAGCUCAGCAAAAAGCGUUGGAGCUUGGGCAACUGAAGUUGUUAAUGAUAUGAAAAAAUCAGGAAAAUCUGCUUUUGAUGUAGUUCAAGCUAGUGGUGAUAUCGCGGCCAUAAGAUACCUUACACCAAAAGUCCUUGCAAGAGGUGCUGCAUCAACACUUAAUAGUGGAACUUCAAUUACAACAACAAGUACAGGUGGUGUGGUUGGUGGUUCCAUUAUAGAAAAAAAACCUUCAUCAAAUAUUGGCCGAUCUAUAUCAAUAUCAGUUAAAAAUGUUCUCUCAUGA